AUGCCUCGCGAAGAGUACCAGGUCCCUACCGCUGGCGCCGGCGCCUCAGCCGGAGGCAUGGCCCGCGGCGCGACCGGCGGCGAGAGGCACGAGAGCCGGUCCGUCAUGACCUACAUCUGCGGCGACUGCGGCGGCAACGUCACCCUUAGCAAGGAUGCGCUGGUUGCCUGCCCGCAUUGCGCCGGCCGAGUGCUGUACAAGGAGCGUACCAAGCGAAUGGUGCAGUUCGAGGCCCGAUAG